CAGCUGCUGUACUGUAAACAGAAGCCGGAACCGUGAUAAAUCUUCCAUUCUUCAGAUCCAAUGGGCGAGUGACUAAACGCAACAAAACCCCUCGUCGAGACAAAAUCAGCCAGGCGCAGACCUGAAAUGGCCGAGUAGCAAUUUGAUGCUGAACCAAUUUGUAUAAUUUAAUUUUUCUUUAGUCCAGACUACGCAGCAAAUCACCCAGCAUUUACCCACUGAAGUGCUGUGACUGAACAUUGUGGGAUUAGGCACUAAGCCAAACACAUUGGCGGAUCGAUUCCAACAUAACUUUGCCAUUCGAUUACCUGAUUUGUUUAUCAGGAGUGUCUUAACUGUCCAUUUGGAAUAUUUUUUCUUUGAAGUUGAGUCGUGGUUUUGAAAUUAUAAUUUGACCUGUCACGGGAGCGGAGUUCAAAAGUUAAAGUGAAGCUGAUUUGCAUGAGGCAACCUGUUGUGUGAACAUCCCAAACGACUGACAACACAAGAAGACGAUUGAGUUCAGGUCCGGGAUCGCACAACAAGGACAAAACAGUGUUUCUUGAGGAUUGGAUUGCAGGACGACCUACAUACAGCAGGGAGCAGACAGGUUUGGAAGAAAAAUCGUCUGGAAUUGGCUUUUACAGGUUAAACCAGUGCUUAUCAAGUAAGGAUAUACCCAUGGAGCCAAAAGGUAGUUUUAUCCAAACAAGUGGAAGGAGUAACACUGAAGAAGAGGCAAUGACAUUGAGCAAGGAAGAUGAAUUCUUACGCCAUUUGUCGCAAGAGGAAAAAGAAUGCCUCAGUUUUUUGAUUGAAACCAUUGACUCAUUAGAGGUGGAAUUGGAGCAAGAUGAUGAUGAAGGGCUGGCAAAGGGGGAUGCUACUAUCAGUGACGGUUUUUAUGAGUUUCUCGGAAUGGUAUGCAGCACUCGACAAACAGAAGAUACAGCAAGCGCAGAUGUUGCAGCUCCCUGUGACAGUAUUGGAAUAAUUGGAAAUGUGGAUAUAAUCACCGCUAGCCCGCCUGCUCAAGUGAUCAGUAACAGAGACACAAAGUCAAAUUCUGUGGUUGAUACAACACCCAACCAAACAGCAGCAUUCAAAGACAGCAAGCAGGGGAAGGAGUCAAUGAGGCAUCAAGGAUCUGAAACGAUAAUAGCAUUGGAAACCAAACCCUCAGACCAGUCCAAAGCGACUCCAUCUGAUGAACAAAGUUCAUCCAGAACACUUACUUUGCUUCCUGCUCAUUCUAAAAAGUUUGACACCAUUUUGAGGUCAGGGGUAAGUGUGCAGGAGCUCCGAGCCCAAGUUCUAGCCCGUCUUAGUGGGUCUAGCCAGAAGAAGCCAAGUGGUCAGAUGGAGAGUUUGGCUUCCCAGUCCGACUCACUCCGAUUGCUUGGAAGGCCUGAGCAAAAGGCAGCAAGGCAAGAUGCCCUUCAAAGAUUAGGACUGGUGAAAUUUACUGGAGGCUUGUCUAACAGCAACAACCCCUCCAUCUUGCAACCUUUUGCAACAGAAGGAACUCAACAGUUAAAAUCUUCGCAAUCACCAAAAGAAACAGGUCAUAGAGAAUCUUUGAAAAAGUUGGGUCUUUUAAACCUGGGAUCUUGAAAGGUUUUACAGAAAGCUGCAGAAUUAGAGGACUAUAGGUAACUGGCGAUAUAUUAUUUUUCUAAAAAUUCUCUGCUUGUGCAGCCACUGGUCAGUUAGUUGCUGGUUGGCUUUCUCAAUAAGUUUCCCUGCCCUCAAUAAGGCCAAUAAAAUGUGUCAAGUGUGCAGCC